UCUGCAAAAUGGCUUGAAAGAUCCGGCCAUGAUAAGAAGGAAAGCGCCUUUGGUUUAAUUGCAGUUUCGAGCCGUUUCGGUUGCAAACUGAAACUUGGCAAGAGGUCCAAAACGCAGAAUUUUAAUAUUUCAAAGUAGAAUUGUGGUCAUUUUGCGCUGUCGAAUCAGAAAACGUGACUUACCGCUGCAAGGAAACAGAUUAAUAUAGGCAAGUCUUCCAGAAUGGAUUAUACAUGUCUGUAAAACUAUCUUUGGUACUAGCAGUAGUGGUUGCGGUAGCCGCGGCCCUAGUCGCCGCGCUGCUGGCUGUGUUGUGCAAAUGCUGCUGGGUAUGGUGGCGUUACCGCCGAACACAUCUCAGGCGCAGCGCCUCUCAAAAGAGUUAUGUCAUCACUCAAAAGAAACAGUGGCCUGGGGGAGGAUUCACUUAUCAAACAUACGAGAACGGUUCCCUCGCGGACCAUGACAGUAUGUCCAGCGGCGAAGAGACAUACAUCGUUGAGACGCCUGGAAAAUUUUGCAAACUCCAGUUCUGGCUUGAUUUGAAUAAAGAAGAUGAUGUUUUAAUCUUAAGACUGGUGCAAGCCAAGGGAAUCAUUUGCACGAGCAACGUUCAAACAGCUUAUAUUUACCCUGUCAUACAGCUGUACAAGGAAGGGACCAGUUUGGACGAAAGGGAAAUUGAAAAACAGAAAAUGACUUUUGAACCGCAAUGGAAUGAAGAAGUUUUGUUUUCGUUGGAUGGGCAUCCUGUUGAAACACUUUCGUUUUGCAUUCGGUUGAUCGAAUUGGACUCGUUUUCAAACUCUCAUCUGAUUGGUCAGGUGGACGUAUCGCUGGAAGAGGCAGACUUCAAAGGGGGCUCUGGAAAAUCACAACCCAAGUGGUACGAUAUCGCGUGCGACUCGAAGAAACCAGCUCACGAGUACGUAGGUGAGCUGCUUGUUUCGUUAAACUACUUCCCUACAACACAACGUCUGACAAUUGUGAUCCUGAAGGCGCAGAACCUCAAAAUAGACUCUACAUCCGGACUUUGGGGCCCGACAGUCAGAGUGAUUCUUAUGUUGAACAAAACCAGAUUGGGUAAGAAGCGGACCGCCAUGCAAAAAAAGACUUUAAAUCCAGUUUACAAUGAGGCUUUUACAUUCAAAGUUACAUCAGAGGCCUUACCGAAAGUUACCUUCAAGGUCCUUGUAGUCAACAAACAUUCACAUGGUGCCGAGCAAACAGUUGGUCACGUGCUGCUGGGUCAGCAGGUGACCGGAAGUGGAUUUUCUCAUUGGAACCACAUGUUAGCCUCGUUGCGGAAGCCCAUCGCCAUGUGGCAUCCCAUAAUUCCUGGCGCGUGAAGCUGUGCUGCGGACGCGAUUUGUGAGUGAAGUAUAUUUAUGCGAGAAGACUAAAUUGUAAAUAUUGACUUAAUAGAGAAUAUUACAUAUAAGUAUUUGAAAGUGCAGGCACUGUAGUACAAAACGGUGAAUGGAGCGCUUACAGUGGCUAUAUUCGUCUGUGGAGACUGAAAGAAACGUUUGAAGCAAGAAAGCUUUUCAAUUCUCUCUCGUUUGUGCUAAACUGCAAUGAAUUAAAGAUAACUUCUGUUUUAUUUAUUUGGGACAAAAAAUUUGGCCGUCGAGUCGAAAUUUGAUAAUGCUCCUUUAUAAAUAGAGUAGUAGAGGCACUCUUAAGGAUCAGUGUUAGCUUGUUCUCGUUUUUAUUGUAAAUGUUGUUGUCCAAAUAACUUCAAGCUGGGCUUGAUGAUACAUGAAAAUUCGAUAUACUGGGAUAAUCAUCGUUGAAUAAGAAGUUAAGAAUUGUAACUUGGGUGAAAGGGUUAUCAUUCUUGCCUCGCAAUUGUAAAUGAUAUAUAGUACUAUGAAAACGCGAGGAAAGCGAUAAAAAUAUUAUGCAGAGAGAGUCCAGGUGCGUGGGUAGUUCAAUGUUCGGAUACUCCACUUAUCACACAGUGAAAUGAAGGGAUCGUAAUCGUUGGGAGAGGUAGUGGUCAAUUUUUCAGGCCUUGUAUUAAGUCCAAAUGCAAAGGAUAAUGCAAAACA